UGUUUAUAUAUUCCUCGUUUUGCACACAUGCUGGAGUUUGGGGAUAAGAACCACGAGGUAUCCAUGACGGCGCUCAGGCUGUUGCAGAGAAUGAAGCGGGACUGGAUGCACACCGGCCGCCGGCCCUCGGGGCUCUGCGGAGCAGCUCUGCUAGUGGCAGCAAGAAUGCAUGAUUUCCGACGCACUGUUAAAGAGGUCAUCAGGGUGGUCAAGGUUUGUGAGUCUACAUUAAGGAAAAGGUUGACAGAGUUUGAAGAUACACCAACAAGUCAGCUAACCAUAGAUGAGUUUAUGAAGAUUGACUUGGAAGAAGAAUGUGAUCCUCCUUCAUUUACAGCUGGUCAAAAAAAAUUGAAGAUACAGCAGCUCGAGAAGGCGUUAUCAAAAAAGCUGGAGGAUUUUGAAGGUGAAAUAUCGAGUUAUCAAGAUGAAAUAGAGAUUGAAUUAGAAAACAGUAGACCGAAAGCAAAAGGCGUAUUUGCAAAUUUCACUAAAGAUGAUUCUAUAGAAGAUAGCACCUCUAGCAUACUGAGAGAGGAGGAGGCAGAAGAUGAGGAACUGGAAGCAGCAGCUAAUCACUUAAACAAGGACUUUUAUAAUGAACUUCAUGAGAAGGAUAGAGUAAAAAGAAAUGAAGAUGGGGAAUGUAGAAAUGGAAAUGCAGCUUUUGUGAGACCGCCGGCACUGGAAUCCUUACUUGGCCCGCUCCCCACUGCAGCUAGUCUUGGCAUAACAGAGUCCAUAAAAGAGUGCAUCUCCACUAAGGACCAAGAGCCCGGUGAGAAUACGGGAGACGGUGAAUUAGAUCUGAGUGGGAUCGACGACAGUGAAAUAGAUCGGUAUAUACUUAACGAAACAGAAGCUCAGAUAAAAGCAGAGCUGUGGAUGAAAGAAAAUGCAGAUUAUUUGAAGGAACAAAAAGAAAAGGAAGCAAGAAUAGCAAAAGAGAAAGAACUUGGGAUUUAUAAGGAACACAAGCCAAAGAAAUCUGCAAAGAAACGGGAGCCAAUUCAAGCCAGCACAGCAGGAGAGGCAAUUGAAAAGAUGUUAGAACAGAAGAAAAUCUCAAGUAAAAUUAAUUAUAAUGUGCUAAGGGACCUGAACAGCAAAGGAAGUAACACACCAAAGAAAGAGGAUGACAGCACUGAUGACAGCACCAACACCAAGAAGCUGUCAAGAAGAAAAUCUGUUGCCAGUAGGAAUAUAGCCAACCCUGUAAACAGUGUGGGAAAAAG